AUGGCUCCUCCGAAAGCCAACGCCGUCGCCGCCGAUCGCGGCGGUGGAUUUCGCCGUGCUCCGCCUGAACCUGCCGCUCCGUGCAAAGAUCCGUUCGAGCUGACAGCGUCCGUCGCGCAGAAUCUCCAGGACGUGGAGUCGUUCGUGUCGCACGUCACGUCCCAGCCGACUUUUGAGGCGCCUCAAAAGUACACACCGUCCGUCGCGCAGGAGCUCCAGGACGUGAAGCUGUUCGUGUCGCGCUUCACGUCGCAGCCGAAUCCGCCUGUGGCCCUCCGAGACCUCGCCUCUCUGCAUACCCUCCACACCAUCGCUGCCAGCUUGCUUCCCACCGCCGCCUCUCUGCUCCCUCCCACUGACGGAGCAGCAGCAGCAGCAGGAGCAGAGGCAAACGUCCCAGCAGCCAGAGCAGAGGCAGGUGGUGCAGCAGCAACUGGGGAAAUGGCAGCAGGGGAGGCACGGGCGGUGGUGAACGCACAGACGGUGGAUGUGCUGCUGUCAUGCCUGCACAGCACUGCGGGCCAGAACGCGCAUGCGCACUUCACAGUGCUGCGCCUACUGCUCUCUUCGCUUAAUGUGCUUCUCGCCUGCAUUGAUGACUGGGUUCUCAAGGGGAAGCGCCUCCCAGCGCUGCAACAGGAGGGCGUGGAGCAGGGGAGUAGAGGAGGGGGGAGCGGGGGAAAGGAGAGCGAGAUAGGGAGUAGCAUGAGGAAAGGGAGUGGGGGAGGGUGGAGCGUAGGGAAGGGAGGACGGAGAGGAAGGAGGGCGGGUGUGGAGGGGCAGAAGCAGCAGCAGCAGCGAGUGAGCGAUGAGGCUGAGGGUGCUGCCUCCUCCGCAUCCUCCUCCUUCUCCACGUGCCUUCACUCGCCAGUAGCCAAGAGGCUUAUCUCCGCCCACCUAUACCGCGCCCUCUACACACACCUGCAACCCAGUGCGGUACAGUCCGGUGCAGAGCAUUUUUCCCCGUUGUCUUCCCCCUCCUCCCCGUCCCCCUCCUCCUCCUCCUCCUCCUCGUCAGUGCCUUUGUCUCCCUUAUCCCCAUCAUCCCCGUCGGUGGCAUCACUAUCACCACUGUCAGCUGCGUCUGAGUCAGGGUCAGAAGGGGGAUCCGAGGUGGAGGAAGGAUAUUUGGAGCAAGGAUAUUCGAUGGAGGAGGGGGGAGCAGCGAGAUGUUGGGAUGAGGUGCAUGGUAGCGGUGAGGCAAGAGGAUCCAGAGGAGCAGCAGAUGGUGGGGCAGCCGGAUGGGGAGGAGAGGCGGGUGGCGGGGCGGGAGGGUACGAGGCGUUGUACUGGCUGUGGAGGGGCGGUGUGGAUGACACAGCCGACUGGAUGGAACUGUUAGAGGAGCAAGUGAGAUCGGGUGAAGUGAGAAGGGGAGAGGAGGACGAGGAGGAAGGGGAUGACGAGGAGGAAGGGGAUGACGAGGAGGAAGGGGAUGACGAGGAGGAAGGGGAGGAAUGGGAGGAGGAGGAGGAGGAGGAGGAGGAGGAGGAGGAGGAGGAGGAGGAAGGAAGAAAAGGGAGGGGAGAAGGAGCAACAGCAGCAGCAGCAGCGAGAGGAGGAGGAGGAAUGGGAGGAGGGGAGCGAGGCACUGGCACACGAGGCCCAGCUACGCCUCAUGCUCUGGCUGCAGCCUCGCUGGUGGCAGCAGACACGGUGCGAUGCCUCAAGAUGCACUGUGGCAUCAUGGGGACCCUUGAGGCGCUGAGGGAUUUAUUCUUCAUUGGGGGAGUAUCGGUGGCGCCUGUGUUCCUUGGAGAGUUGUGGAAGCAGGUGCGCACCAACGUGCUGCUGCCAGCACACACCACCGAAUCACUGCAGCAACUCAUGGACAGUUUCCUCGCUACAGCGGCACAUGGCCACACCUCUCCUCCAACCUUCAAUACAAUCACUGUCACUCUCCACAACAAGCCCUCUAACUCCCCCACUUCCACAAACACACACUCUCUCCUCCACUCACCCCCACCCUUCACCACCCCACCCAUUGAUCUAGUACCUGCCACACCGUCAAAUCUUUUUCUUCCUUACACCACUUCCGCUGCCACUCCUUCUGCCGCGCCUUCUGCCUAUGCCAAGCCGUUCGGCUCCCAACCUACUAGCAAGGCCGAACCUGCAACUCCCGACAGGUUCACUGCCCAUGCCGGACCUGCACCCCACGCCAUACCUCCAGCCUCGAUGUCAUCCAAACCUUUCGCCGGACUUACUAGACCCUCCUUGCUUGCCGGUCCUACUCCUCGUGCCGGCGCUGGUGGAGUGUCAGGUGUCAAAGCCUCAACGCACAUGCCCAGACCUGGAGGUUCGGGGAGCGGAGGUGGUUCGGCGAUGCAGGUUCGGGUGACAGCAAUGAUGGAGCUGCUGGAAAGAGUCCACAUGAAGCCUGAGGAGCGGCGGUGCUUCCGUGACAUGGCCAUGGCGGCGCAGAGGGAGCUGCUGAUGGUGCAGCACAUGCAGCACGCCCUGCAUGCCAUCCACUCCUUCCUCAUGGCCAAUGCGGUGACAGCAGCAUGGCACGAGCUACAGGCGGCCAUGGAUGGAGCAGCAUCCGUGGCAGCAGUGGUGCACGCACACCACUGCUACCUGCACUCAAUCCUUGAGGGAUGCUUCCUCGUUAAUUCCACCAACAUGGGCAAGGCCAUAACAGGCCUGAUAGUCUCUCUGUCUAGCAAGACCCUUCUCUUCUGCGCACUCUACCACUCCCGCCGCUCACUGCAGCGCCCACACUCCAUGCCAUCACCUACCCCUUCCACCACCGCUUCCGCCACCAUGCCUAGCUUUAGCAGCAGCACUCCAAUGCGCACACACACUGGUAGCAGCAACACUCCCACAUACGCACCCACUGCCAGCAGCAGCAGGGGGGGAGGAAGGGAGGAGAGCAGCAAGAGGGGAGCAAGGGAGGAGAGGGGUGGCAGGGCGGCGGCAGAGGAGGCGGCAAUCAAUGCGGAGAUUCAGCAGCUGGGGGAUUUCUUCCAUGCUGACGUGUCGGCCAUCCUGCAGGUGGCUCGCAACCAAGCUGAGAAGUUGCCGUCGAGCAUUCGGGACCUUCUGCAGCAGCUGAAUUACAACCGCUUCUACGGAUGA